UCCUCCAAAAUCUAUUGAAAAGCUUUCUCUGAACAGUGAGAAGCUCUGUUGUAGUGGAGGUUCCAUUUCACUGCAUGUGUUUUCAUGCUCAGCACACACGUGUCAUACUGAAAGUAGCUAUAUUAGGAAGAGGCAGGGUCUUCAUCUACUAGCACAUGUUUUUGCAGUGUUUUUUUUCUGUCUGUGCACAGGGUGGAGUUUAUCUUUCUUUUACUGAUAAACUAAAAACCAAUCUUAUUAGAAUCUGAAUAAGCAAAUUUUAUGGCUGUUAACUGUGCCAUUGCUGUUAUCAAAGCAGCUGUUUGAGACAGGUUGGCUGAUUCUCACGAGAGGAAGAAGGUCUGUUGGUCUGCUUUUAAGAACAUGGCAGGACUUUUUCUACUGCAUGUCAUUUUUCAAGGCAUCCUGUUUAGUGGUACCUCUGCUUGGAUUGUACGAAUGCCAAGGCACAUUCGAGGACUCCGUGGUUCCUGCUUGGUUAUACCAUGCUCAUAUGACUACUCGGCAUACCCACCCGUGAACCCUUAUCGAGUGGUGUGGUAUCAGUAUGUCAGUCGUGGUUAUCCUGUAGUGAACGAUGACUGGAACACUCAAGCAGAGAUUCAAAAGUUCAGAGGAAAGACCUAUUUAUAUAGGAACCCACACACUAGGGACUGCAGUCUGCUGAUUAUGGACCUUAACCUCGCCCACCAUAGAGAAAGAAUAUAUGCGUGGGUCGACCCAGAUAAUGUUGGAUGGAGAACUUACGCUUUUUAUGACGUUACCAGUGAAAUUCACAUUGAAACAUCAGCACAAACUCCCAGCAUUCAAAUCACUGGAGGUGCCAACAUUGGAGACACCGUGUCUGUUCAGUGCAGCACAUACCACACCUGUCCAUACAACACACCUACCUUGAGAUUGAGUGGGAUUGAGAACAAAGUAGGAACAUCUGACCAGGUGGAGAACCAACACAUUGGUGAUGGCAAAUAUCAGAUCACACUAACACGUCGAGGAGUUGUUCAGGCUGAAAGUCAACGAGUUGAAUGCACUGUCACACAUCCUGGUGGCCUCUCAGCAUCAGCUUUCAAAAAACAUACUGCAAAGUGUGCCAUUUACACAGCCAGCAUUUCUCCUGAUUCCAACACAGAGUUUCUGGAGGGAGUGGAAAAGGCUAUUAUUUGUUCUAUAACAUACAUGUGUCCUCAGAACAGACCUUACAUCACUUGGAAUGGUGGAAAGUUGCCUGGCUCAAUGUCUGAGGAACGCAUAGGAACAAAAAUAGUAGCUAAAUCAACGUUGAAGUUUACCGCGAAGGCCAGUGACAACGGGAAAGACAUCACCUGCCGAACAGAAAUCAAGGGAAAUGUUCAAACAGUGAAAAUUACUUUAAAAAUAAAACGGUCAAUGUUCUCCCGGGACUGGAGCUUCUCAAUGCCUAACACCAUCAGAGGAGUCCAGGGCUCGUGUGUAGUAAUUCCCUGUAGUUUCAGCUUCAAAAACUCCCAGCCUAGUCACGUCAAUGUGAAAUGGUACAAAUUCUCUGAUACAGAGUACCCUUUAGUUUAUGAUCAAUCAGAAUUGAACAUCAUCAGUGAGUUCAGAGGGAAGACGAGUCUAUAUGGAUCUAAUAUGGGAAACUGUAGCUUGAAGAUCCAGCAACUUGCUCCACAGCACAAUCAACAGAGACUGUAUCCCUGGAUGGACGCCCAGUCUAUUACAAGCUACCACAGAGAAAAUUACUUGGCUAUCACUCUCGGCCUUGAAGUAACAAAUUCUAUUGAGAAACCACAAGUGGAUAUCAUUGGCAUACCGAAGGUCGGAGAGAAGCUCACCUUGUCCUGCAGUGUGAUUCACACCUGUCCACCAACACCUCCAGAACUGAGUUUCAGUAUCUCGCGUGGAACUGGACAUCUUACACACACACCCCAAAAUGAAGGAAAAUGGAAGACCGUCAAAGAGAUAACAUGGGACGUCCAGGAGGAUGACACCUCUGUUUCCUGCACUGUCAGUUACUCAGGGACACAGACCGCUAUGGCUGAAGUCAGACUCAGCCCCUCGUGUACAUUUCAGAAACCUACAAUAAGUCCAACCCAAGAUGAGGUAAUGGAGGGAAUUGAGAAGACCUUUACUUGCACUGUGCAGCACACAUGCCAAAAGCAAAAGCCCUCGCUCACCUGGAACUUUGAGAACAUGCCAGCUUCCGUUAAAACAGAAAAGAUGUCUUCCACUUGGACGACUGUUUCCACAUUAAAGUUAAAGGCAGCCAGGGAUGACCAUGACAAGACACUGACAUGCACAGCUCAGUCUGGAGGGGAACAGUCUUCAGAUUCUGUUGUAUUAAAAGUAAAGAGAGGAAUGUCUUCAUUGGACUGGACGUACUCCAUGCCAAGCAAGAUCAAAGGCCUCAGAGGAUCCUGUCUGAUUAUUCCCUGUAGCUUUGAGUUCAAAAGCACAAUGCCCAGUAACACCAUGGUGAAGUGGUAUGAGUACUCCUCUACAACGUUCCCUUUAGUGUAUGCUCAAGACGGCCAAAAUGUGAUUGGCAAGUUCUGGGGAAAAACUGAAUUAAAUGGAUCAGCCAGCGAGGGAAAGUGCAGUUUGAAAAUCUAUCCACUGCUAAUGGAGCAUAACAGAGAGAGACUGUAUCCAUGGAUGGAUCAGAAACCAGUCGAAACGUUCCACAGCGUGAACCAUCGCGACAGCUGUGUUGAACUUGAAGUAACAGAACAAGCUGAAAAACCCAAACUCAGCAUUACUGGUGUACCCAGAGUGGGAGAACAGAUCACAGUAUCCUGUAGUAUAUACCACACUUGUCCUUGGAGUCCUCCUACACUGAAAAUGGGUGCAGCUCAACAAACAGACAGAACUGAACACGUUCCGAAGCAAGACGGCUUCUGGGAGACCACCAAACAUCACACGUUUAAGAUUAAGGAAGACGACCAAAGCAUUACAUGUAAAGCCACAUUCUCAGGCGAGCAGACAUCAGAAGCUAAAAUUGACCUCAAUGCUCAGUGUAUCCAUCAAGAUAUAAUGAUCGAGCCAGAGUUGGCUGAUGUCACGGAGGGAGUUGCAAAAAACUUCACCUGCAAUGUUUUACAUUCCUGCAUGAGGCAGAUUCCAACCAUCACCUGGAACUAUGAAGACAUGCCCGAGACUGUCAAAACCAAAGAAAACAGAGUCUCAGGCUAUAUCACCUCUUCAAAUGUACAAUUCAUAGCUUCGAUGGAGGACCAUGGAAAGAAGCUCGUCUGCACUGCGAAGUUUCCUGAAGAGGAGAUCACAGCUUCUGUUGUGUUUCAGGUCCAAAAGUAUGUGCCCAAAAUAGUGGAUCCAUUUGAGAAUGACACUGUUCAUGUUUUUGAGGCCGAUGUGGUGCCCAGGAUCAGUGCCCUGACCCGCUCGUGUGUAGUGAUACCCUGCACAUUCGAUAUCGGUAGUGAGCCGGUCACCCGCCUCCGUGGCCUGUGGUACGACACCAAUGGCGAUUAUGUUUACCAUACUGGACAGACCAACGUUAUGGACAACUUUAAAGGUCGCACAGAGCUGCUGGGGGAACCAGACGAAAAGAACUGCACUUUAGAGAUCGACGACGUUAAAGCCCACGACAACGGCCCGUUCUGCUUCCAUGCAGAAAAGGGCAACGACAAGUACAGGUUUAACCACAGCUGUGUGUUCAUCGUCAUGAAAGCAAGUCCCGAUAAGCCAGUUAUUUCGGGUCUUCCUGAGGAGAUGGAGCCAGGCAAGAAAUUCUCUCUAAGUUGUUCUGUCACCCAUACGUGCCCCUCACACCCCCCAACUAUAAAAUGGAGUAUUAAAACUGCCAAGGAAGUGGUGAGCCACAUGGAAGGAAGCGCAGGUCAGUGGAAAACAACCUCAACAGUUACUUUCAUACCAACUGGCUACGAAAAUGAAGAUGACCUCCUCUGCUCAGCCUCAUUCUGGAGAGGGAAAAAACAAGAAACUGCAAUUUACCUGCCAAUCACAAGAUACGAGGGGCUGAAAAUGGAAACCAUAGGAUAUUACAUCCUCGCUCCUUUCUUUAGCAUUUUGCUACUUUUCAUCUUAUUUACAGUUGGAGUGGUUUUGUAUAGAAGAAGGGUUGGCAAGGAGCCUUCUGAUGGAGACACACUAGAUAAAAGGAGAUCUGUAUGGGCUCGAUUUUCCAGGAGAGCUGAUGGAACUGCAAGCUGGCUAGCAUCAGCUGAAAUAAAUGCACCACCAAGACCGCCAAGACCUGAGAGGCGCAGCAUCUGGAGCCGCUUUUCCAGAAGAGGUCCAGAGGUGGAAUACAAUGCACCUUUAAGACCACCGAAACCUGAGCAAAGGCCCAGUGUCUGGAGCAGAUUUUCCAGGAGAGCUCCCAGAGAAGAUCCGGCGAUGCACUACCGAAAUGCAUUUUGACAGACUUGAUGCCACAAUCAAGAAAAUGAACUUUUAAAAAGAUAUGUAAUAUUUGUGCUAAUCCAUCUUUAAUAAUAAAUAAAGAAGAAAAAUACAUAGAUAUAUAAAUAUUGGCUUUUGCUGUGCAAACCAUUUUACUUGUUUCAGAAUUUUCCUAGUUAUCUGCAGUAAAUGUUAUUGCCUAAUUAAACAAUAUUAAUAUUCCUGACUUUUGUAUGUUUUUUUAAAGCUGAAACCUCACUGAGAAUGAAUUUCUUUCUGUAUUUUAUUUUUUUAACCUAGUGUUUUAAUAAAAAAAAAACUGCUUUGACUAGA